CGCAGAUGGGUUUAGAGGCAUUGCAGACCUCAUUGCGGACAAAACGGGCAAGGCUGUCUUUUACUCGGAGGCAUUCUGUUCAAUAUGAGAUCAGAAGUCUAAAAUUUCAUUUCAUCGCCAGUACUGUUAACGUCUUCUGAAGAACAAUGCCAGAGCAGAGCAACGACUACCGCGUGGUGGUGUUCGGCGCCGGGGGAGUGGGCAAGAGCUCGCUGGUGCUGCGCUUCGUGAAGGGGACCUUCCGGGAGAGCUACAUCCCCACCAUCGAGGACACCUACCGGCAGGUGAUCAGCUGCGACAAGAGCAUCUGCACCCUGCAGAUCACCGACACCACCGGCAGCCACCAGUUCCCCGCCAUGCAGCGCCUCUCCAUCUCCAAGGGCCACGCCUUCAUCCUGGUCUACUCCAUCACCAGCAAGCAGUCUCUGGAGGAGCUGAAGCCCAUCUUUGAGCAGGUCUGCCAGAUCAAGGGCGACGUGGAGAGCAUACCCAUCAUGCUGGUGGGCAAUAAGUGUGACGAGGUGCAGAGCCGGGAGGUGGAGACCAGUGACGGCGAGGCCAUGUCCAAGAAGUGGAAGUGCGCCUUCAUGGAGACCUCGGCCAAGACCAACCACAACGUCAAGGAGCUGUUCCAGGAGCUGCUGAACCUGGAGAAGCGCAGGACUGUCAGCCUCCAGAUCGACGGCAAAAAGAACAAGCAGCAGAAACGGGCCGAGAAGCUCAAGGGAAAGUGUGUGGUCAUGUGAGGAGGGAGGGGGCAGGGGGAGGGGGCGGGCGCCAGAGCGCGAGGGAGGCGGGGACUCUCAUGGAGACAUGAGCGCGCAAAGGAAAACGCAAAACUCGUCAUAACACACCUGCUCAACGGCGAAAGUUUACACACUGAACAUCAGGUGGAGAAGGGAGUGUCAACGAUUUGGUCAGAUUACUUUCUUUUCUGUAUUGUUUUUUUCUGUUUUUAUUUUUUACAUCAAGUCAACAGUUAAACCAACGAACUAUAUUUGAAUAAUGCUAAAAACACCAGUUCCUUUCUUGAGGUAAACACGCUUCGAAUGAAUCAAAUGCCCCAGCUUGCACUAGAACGGAAUGAAUGAACUCAACUUGCAAGUUUGUAUGAGUGCAAGGUUCCAGCACCAGUGCUUGAAAACCCCAUAAACCUCCACCAGUCACAGGCAUUCAGAGCAGAGGAAAAUAAUGAAUCAAGAAAAGAGGUGCAUGGAUCCUCUUGCUGCCGUUAUACACAACCUAUGAAGGACUAGAUCUUACCUUUGAAAUCAAAGAAGAAAAAUCGUGGAGGGACAUUUUUAUUUCUAUUAAUUUGGCGUGAAAGAAGUUUCCUCUACACUUUUAACAUAUAGGUAUUGUAUAAUAUGUUAAUAUCCUCCUCCAAAGAGCAGUGCUAUGCUGAAGCAAUACUCGUGAAUGUCUAAGGAGCUUACUAGUUCAUGGAGUAGUUAAAAGGCAACAAACUGUUUUAGAAGGGAAUUGUAACCGUAAUACUGACAUUUCAUGAAGCUUGGUGACUUUCUUUUGCUGUUUUUUUUUGUAUUGUUUGAUUUUUCGAUGGAAGUUUUAUUUUGUAUUUCAAAGGCACUGUGGAAAUUAUAUGAGUCUCCAAAUGGAAAAAAAAGUGGAGAAGUGACCUAUUUAUUCUUAAAUGUAAAUAAAAAUGGCAAAUAGAAACACAAUUUACAGUACAGU